AUGAGCAGCAUCACGCCAGUUCUGGAUUUCAAGUCUACUCUAAACAAGACGCCGAUCGAUGCCCCAAGCGGCUACGAAGGGAUCGUCAACAGCAAGGUCCAGAUCGUGAUCACAACGUGGAAAACUAUCGACAAGGCAGUUGACGCCAGCAAGCGCCGUGGCAUGGGUGUCGCUAUUUCAGACAAGGGCGUGCGUUCUAUUUACACGCCGAUGUUCAUAUGGGCGAGCCAACUGAUCAACAGAUUCAUCACAACGUCGACGUAG